CCUGUUGAUUGGAGAGCAUGAAUUGAUUAAGGAUAGCCCUUUUAUGCUUAUAAUUCUAUUGUUACUGCAAUUUUAAUAAUACUUUAUGGUUGCAUCUCAGUGGCUUUCCAAAGAAUGAUGUGGAUGUACGUGCAGGAAUUUUUCUAAUGUGCUAGUGGAGAUUUUAGUCGGACAAUAAGAUGGAAAAAAGGAAAUGGUUGUGGAAGAAGAAAUCAUAUGAGAAGAGCCCUGGUGAAACAGAAAGUUCCGGUUCAAUAUCUUCACAUUCUGAGAGAUAUUCUGAUGAGCAGGAGUCAUUGAAGGUGUCUCCUAACCAUAGCAUUCAAUCACCAGAGGUCACCUCAAAAGCCUCAAUCAUUAAUGACUACCUUGAUGAUACUGUUAAGAGUCUGAAAGAAAAGUUAUCAGCUGCUCUUGUCAAUGUUAGUGCCAAAGAAGACUUGGUUAAGCAGCAUGCCAAAGUGGCUGAAGAAGCUGUUGCAGGCUGGGAAAAAGCGGAAAAUGAAGCAGCAGCUUUAAAGCAGCAACUUGACGCUGCAGUUCAGCAGAAUUUGGCUCUGGAAGUUCGGGUGAGCCAUCUCGAUGGUGCCCUUAAGGAAUGUGUUAGGCAGCUGAGAAAUGCAAGAGAGGAGCACGAGCAAAGGAUUCAUGACGCUAUUGCAGCAAAAACCCAAGAAUGGGAAUCCACCAGACUUGAGUUAGAGAGCCAGCUCUUUCAGCUCCAGGGCAAAGCAGAGGCUGCCAAAGCUGAAAGUCGUGCUUCUGUUGAUCCUGAUGUUUCCUUUAAACUUGAGUCUUUAGAGAAAGAGAACUCAGCCCUCAAGCUUGAGCUCCUUUCUCAGUCUGAGGAAUUAGAAGUCAGGACUAUAGAGCGGGACUUGAGCACCCAGGCAGCUGAAACAGCUAGCAAGCAGCAGUUGGAAAGCAUAAAGAAGGUGGCCAAGCUUGAGGCUGAGUGCCGAAAGCUACAAGCAAUGGCUCGUAAAUCAUCCUCACACAAUGAUCAUAAGUCCCUUGCUGCUUCAUCGCAUUAUGUCGAGUCCCUCACAGAUAGUCAGUCAGACAGUGGGGAGCAGUUGAAUGCUGUUGAGAUUCAUACCCAGAAGAUGACUAGAUUGGAGCAGAAUGAGUCUGAAACAAGUUGCUCGGAUUCAUGGGCAUCAGCACUAAUUGCUGAGCUUGAACAAUUCAAGAAUGGAAAGAACAUGACUAAAAAUGUCAAAACUUGUUCUGUCGAAAUGGAUAUCAUGGAUGAUUUUCUGGAAAUGGAGCGACUUGCUGCAUUAGCCGAGAGUGAGAAUAAAUCCUGUUCUUUUGGAUCACAAUCUGUUGGCAGUAAAUCCACCAAUGUAGAGAAUCAACUAAAAACAGAGCUUGAAACCAUGGUUCAUCGGGUGGCUGAAUUGGAAGAGAAGUUAGAAAAGAUGGAAGCAGAGAAGGCUGAACUCAAGAAUGCUUUGACUGUGAGUCAGGAUUCUCUCAAGGCAUCACAAACUCAGCUGACUGAGGCUGAAGUAAGGUUGGAGGAGCUGCAGAGUGAGCUAAAUGUGUUGAAUGAAGCAAAGCAAUUGCUAGAGUUUCAACUUAUCGGAAUGGAAGUAGAGGCCCGAACAACAUCUGCAAAUGUUGAUUUGUUAAAGGCAGAGGUUGAAAAGGAACGGAGUUUUUCAGCUGAAGUGGCAGUGAAGUGUCAGGAAUUGGAAGAUAAGCUAACAAGAAAAAUCCAGGAAGCUGAGCUUCAGCAGACUGCAAGUUCAAAUAGUGAAUUGAAAAUAAAGCAGGAGGACAUAGACGUAGCAGCUGGUAAACUUGCAGAGUGCCAGAGAACGAUAGCAUCUCUUGGGCAGCAGCUCAAGUCUCUAGCAACACUGGAAGACUUCUUGAUUGACAAUGCGAACCUUCCCGGGUUUUCUGAAGGAGGAUCACUUUUUCCAACAGCUGCUGAAGAGCUAUGGAAGUUGCAUUCUAACGGGACCUUUAUGCCUAAAAGUGAUUCAAAUCCUCCAAAAAUACCUGGAGAGAAUUCUGUUCCUUGCAUGAAUGGUAAUGAUGGGGAAUCACCAUCAUCUUCAUCAUCGUCAACUUCAUCUGCUAAUCAUGGCAGUUCUGCAAAGAGUCGAAGUGGUUUUGGGAAGUUGUUCUCACGAAGUAAGAGUGGUAUUCAAGUUGAAAGUCAUCAAGGAUAGACAAAAGAUACUAUAGGGGAAGGUUGAAAACAUGGGACUUUGUGUUGGACAAUUGAGAGAAUUGCUGAUUAAAUUCUGUUUAGUUGGCAUUCAUGUUACUUGGAUGGAGGUGGUGUUUCAAAAGUUUUGAAACCUUCUCGGAUUUCAGCUUUCAAGGGCUCUUGUUGUGCUUACCAUAUUCGGUCUUUUAUAAUGAUAUUGUUUUAG